ACCACAUCGUGAUACCAUUGCCGCCUGUCGAAGGCGUGUGGUGCGUAACAUGAAUCGAAUGUAGUAGGCCGCCGGGCGGAAAUAACCGGACGUUGCUUUGGAUAUAUGUCAAGCCAAUGUCUCCCUGCUGUAAAAUUCAGGAAGAGCAACAACUUGCAGGCUGAGCGAAUUGACAAUGCCAACGCAGAGACACCUUCGAAUCGGCAACUGCAGCGGCGCGACUGGAGAUGCGCCGCAUGCUAUGGCUCGCAUGGUACGAGAAGCUGAUGUUGAUGUCAUCACUGGCGACUGGCUCUCCGAGAUGAACAUAGCCUGGGAAUCGAUCCGAAAGGCAGAAGAUCCAGAGCUUGGCUAUGAUGUUGGGUUUCUUAGACAACUGACUGAGUGCAUUGAUGACAUUGCCGAACGAAAGACCAAGAUCAUCACCAAUGCUGGAGCAAUGAACGCACCAGUACUUGCUCGUAAGGUUGAGGAGCUAUGUCAAAGCCGCGGCCACGACUUGGUGGUAGCGACUAUCCUGGGAGAUGAUGUGAGCUAUCUGCUGAAACAGGGCAAAUCUGGUCAAAGAGCCCUCGAGUUCCCUCACUUGGAUCAUCAAAAUCAACUGCUCGAGGAUUGGGAUCCUGACCUUGAACCUACUUGCGCUGCCGCGUAUAUCGGCGCAUGGGGUAUCGUCGCAGCCCUCAGAGAAGGUGCUGAUAUCGUAAUCUGCGGUCGCGUCACGGAUGCCUCGCCAGUCGUUGGUGCUGCAGCUUGGUGGUAUGGCUGGUCUGAGCAAAGCUAUGAUCAGCUUGCUGGAGCAUUGAUAGCAGGUCAUCUCAUCGAGUGCGGUCCAUACGCAACAGGCGCAAAUUUCUCCGGCUUCAAACAGUUUCUUUCCGAGCUGGUGGAUCUCGCCUUCCCGAUAGCAGAGAUCACGCCGUCUGGAACCUGUUAUAUUACAAAGCCGGAUUCUAUGAAUGGUGUAGUCAACAAGUUUAACAUUACCUCUCAGUUGUUAUACGAGCUGCAGGGACAAAUGUACCUGAAUCCAGACGUGGUCGCCGAUAUUGGGAGUAUUCGAAUCGAAGAGACCGGUCGCAAAAACUGCGUCUCGAUCACUGGUUGUAAAGGCUUUCCGCCGCCAGCGACUACAAAGGUCAUGGUGGCAGCUCCCGGAGGUUGGCAAGCAGAAACGACAUACUACAUCAACGGUCUCGACGUGCAAGAAAAGGCACAAAUGAUGAAGCAACAACUGCAAAGUAUCUUCAGCGGCAGCAAGUUCUCAAAGUUUUCGGCCGAGCUUUACGGAACUCAAGUCGACAACCCGUCUUCGCAGCAAGCUGGCACUGUGAUGUUACGAGUAUUUGCACAAGCACGCAGAAAAGAAGAUAUCGCGGCAGAGAAGUUUAAGAUUCCGCUGUAUUCACUGCGUAUGCAGAGUUAUCCUGGUUACCACAUGAACCUGGAUUUCCGCACCAUGGAGCCAAAGCAGUUCUAUGAGAUCUUUCCAGCAACUAUCCCGCAAGCUACCAUCAACCACGAAGCUGUAGUCGCUGGGAAAACAAUAUCAAUCCCUCCACCGAGAAGAACUCAGCAUUAUCCAGUGCAAAGGCCAUCUUCCGAGACGGCCGCCGCAAUCGAUCUGGAGAGCUUUGGUCCAACCGAGAGACGACCAUUGGGCGCGGUCGUACAUGCGCGAUCGGGCGACAAAGCAAAUAAUUCUAACGCUGGCUUCUUUGUCCGACAUGCUGAUGAGUAUCCUUGGCUACAAUCUUUGCUCACAGUCAACAAACUAAAGGAAUUGUUGCAAGAUGACUAUGCCGGACACAGUAUCGAGCGAUGCGAGUUCCCAAACAUUCUUGCAGUGCACUUCCGCAUCAUGGAUUUCCUCGACGGAGGUAUUGCUUCAAGCGCACGCAUUGACGGACUAGGCAAGGGCGUUGGGGAAUAUCUGCGAAGCAAGCACGUGAACAUCCCGAUCAGAUUCCUGCAAAGAGGAACAAUCUAAGUUUUGUUCGUCGUUCAAGAAAUAUGGGAGAUGUCGCUCCUCUUAUGAUAUUGAUUGUGCUAUGAACUUUCAGUAUCCAGGCAUUUGAUACACAGAC